UUGAGCGAGGGAUUCCUCUUCUUCUUUCAUUAACGGUUGCAUACUUGCAUAUAUUAUAGUGAGAGAGCCAGUAGUUUCCUUUGGCUUCUCGACGGCAAAAACAACAGUAGCACAACUUCAUAGUCCCGAAGUUUCUCAUUUUUCUGGGUUGUUUCUUGACACAACAAUCCCAACAAUUAGCAAACAAGUUAAAUUUGGUUGCUGAAAAUUCCAAUUUUCAUGGAGAUAGGAGCAGUCUCUUCUUCUACUUGUAGGGUUUCAACCCACCAAUACCGUAAUCAAUUUUCUCUCACCUCCAACGACAAAACUCCAUUGAAAACCAAUAACCUUGUUGUUGCAAAGGGUUUUCCAUUUUCUUCUCGUUGUGCAACGUUUUCUAUGAGAAAACCCUCUUUCUGCCCAGCUGCUAUUGCUACCAACAACACCACCCUUUCCACCUCCAAGGUGAAGGGGUCUCAUGAGGGAGAUUCUAGUGUGUUUGAACUUUCGAGUUUAACAGCUUUAUCUCCCUUGGAUGGACGAUAUUGGAAUAAGGUCAAGGAGUUGGCUCCUUUUAUGAGUGAAUAUGGUUUAAUUCGAUACCGAGUUCUCGUUGAGAUUCAAUGGUUAUUGAAGCUGUCAGAAAUUCCGGGACUGACCGAAGUCCCGAGUUUUAGUGAUGAAGCGCAACACUAUAUGCAAGGUCUGAUUGAUGAGUUUGGUAUGGCUGAUGCUUUGAAAGUGAAAAACAUUGAGAAGGUGACCAACCAUGAUGUGAAAGCAGUUGAGUACUUCCUGAAAGAUAAAUGCCAGUCCCAUCCAGAGAUUAAUAAGGUUUUGGAGUUUUUUCAUUUUUCUUGCACAUCCGAGGAUAUCAACAAUCUUGCUCACGGAUUGAUGCUCAAAGAAGCAUUAAAUAAUGUUUUAUUUCCUGUCAUGGAUGAAGUUAUAGGAGCAUUAUGUGACAUGGCUAAGGAAUACGCACAUAUUCCCAUGCUUUCCCGCACUCAUGGACAGCCAGCUUCACCCACUACCUUGGGAAAGGAAAUGGCAAUAUUUGCAGUCCGACUAAGCAGGGAAAGGCAGAGACUUUCUCAAAUAGAGUUGUUGGGGAAAUUUGGUGGUGCUGUUGGAAACUACAAUGCUCACUUUGUUGCAUAUCCUGAGAUAAACUGGCCGAAGAUUGCUGAAGAAUUUGUGCAAUCUUUAGGAUUAACUUUCAAUCCUUAUGUGACUCAAAUUGAACCGCAUGACUAUAUGGCUAGCCUGUUUCAUGCAGUUAUCCAGUUCAACAAUAUCUUAACUGAUUUUGAUAGGGACAUAUGGGGCUAUAUCUCUUUGGGUUAUUUUAAGCAGACGACUAAGGCUGGUGAAAUUGGAUCAUCUACAAUGCCUCACAAAGUCAACCCUAUUGAUUUUGAAAAUAGUGAAGGGAACCUUGGCAAGGCUAAUGCAGGUCUAUCAUAUCUAAGCAUGAAGUUGCCUAUCUCUCGCUGGCAGCGCGACUUGACUGAUUCAACAGUUUUGCGGAAUAUGGGCGAAGGAUUAGGGCAUUCUUUACUAGCCUACAGAAGUACCCUGCAGGGUAUCAGAAAGCUUCAGGUCAACCAGACUAGGUUGGAUGAAGACUUGAACAAUUCGUGGGAAGUACUUGCGGAACCUAUACAAACAGUCAUGCGAAGAUAUGGUGUCCCAGAGCCUUAUGAAAAACUAAAGGAGUUUACAAGAGGAAAGGCAGUCACUCAAGAAAGCAUGCGAGAAUUUGUUCAAGGAUUGGAUUUGCCUCAGGCAGCAAAGGCUAAUCUCUUGAAGGUGACCCCACAUACUUACAUCGGAGCAGCGACUGAACUGGCAAAGUCUGUUGAUGCUGCUGUUAAUGGAUUCAGGGAUUUUUAGAAUUUCUUCCAACCAAAAUACAUUCACGGUGUUGUUGUUCCCAUGACGAGUUAUCAGGUAAAUUCAACUAACUACAUCAAGUCCUGUUAUCAGGACUAAUUUUGCUUGUUUGACAUGAAUAAUUGCUCUCAUUCAAGAAGUUGACUUCCUAUACAGCAGGAGCAUUGUGGUUUGUCCAUGCUGUAAAAUUUUGUAUUAACUUUUUAUCCCACAACAUUUACUCCCAAUUAAAGUAUUUUUCUAAAAA